AUGUUUAUUUAUACUUCGCAUUUUUGUUUCAUCCCAGCACCACCACUACGUGCACCUUCAGUCGAUAUUCAUCCGAAUGUAACAUGGUCCAAGAAUGGUGUCACCGUUGCUGGAGGAAAUGGAAGAGGCAAUGAAAGCAAUCAGCUCGGAGGGCCACGUGGUUUGUAUGUCGAUGAUGAUCAGACGGUGUAUGUCGCUGCGUUUUUUAAUAAUCGUAUCGUUGAAUGGAAACGUGGUGCGACGAGGGGCAAGAAUAGUAAAAUGAUGAAAAUGUAUUUGUAUUUGACAUCAUUUAUCUUGUGGUAUUAUACAGGUGAUUGUACGCAACCCUAUCUUCCACCUCAAAUUGUAUUUUCUCCUAAUAAUGGUUUAACCACAAUUGCAAUUGAUGAAAUAAAUCAACGAGCUUAUCAAAAAGUCACUUUAAGUUCUUAUGCAAGUGACAUCGCAGUUGUUAUGAAGCACUUUCCAUACGCAAUUCCUGAUUCUCCUCAAUCAAAAUAUUAUGUUCAAUUAUUAGCAAAUUUUCCACCUCUCAGUUGCUUGUAUGGAACAUAUUGA